AUGCAAUCAGACCCGACUGUCGUAUCUCAACAUACUUCACCUCACUUAUCACAAGCCAAUCCUAGCCCUACCCAGCAUGGAAAUGACAUCGAUGGUCGCUCAGUCUCUGGCCCUCUCCACCAUGAGGUGUCCGGAGACUCUUCAGGCUUGGAUCUGCCGUCGCCAAGCGCGGACCACCCACCCCUGAGCGACGCUGAGGAAGCCCCGCUAUCUUCGUCAGUCAACCGUGUGAGCCAGUACGAGAAUGCUGGAACACCUGGUAGAAAAGGCGCCGAUCUAGCUUUUCGAGUCAUCGCUUCAACAGGCCAGUUCAACGUGCCUCUGGAGUCUCUACCGAACGAGGUUCUCACGCACAUCUUGUCGCACCUACCUCCGCAGUCUCUCUCGGCCAUCACCUUGGUAUCUCGUCGAUUUCACGCCCUGGUCACCACUCCCCAUGCAUGGAGAAUUGCCUUCUCCCGGUUCUUCCCGGGUCCCCAGGCUACAGAGAAUGGACAUCGUCCUGCAGCAGAUGAGGUGGACUUGAUGUCGGAUCGGCGAUUUUUUGCGCGGCUGACAGCGCUGGCAUCAUGGCGCAGUGAGUAUAUCCUGCGAACCCGUCUAAUGCGGUCGCUGUCUCGAGGCAAGCCAGCACAGUUUCAGCCAUCUAAAAAGCAUGGGACUGUGCGCUCGGCAAACGCUCGCAACGGAAGUGCAGUUGCAACAUACACCUCGCAGUUGAUGUUUCCUGUGAGUAAGAUGCACGGGGCCUUCAACGGUUCCAAUAAGGACCCAACAUUCAUCCACGGCGCCUCGGAGCAGGGCAUCGCUUCUGCUAGCGAUCCGUCGGCAGUGAAAGUGAGCACCUGGGGGCUAUCUGAUCUCCAGAUGUUCCGGCAUUUUGCGGACGUAUUCCCGGGCGAUGCACCGUAUGGCCUUGGGUCUGGCGACAUGGUUGGUGUACCUAACUCAAUGGAUGUGAGCCAGCCGUACGGCAUGGUAUAUGGAGAGGGGUGCCCUGGUGGUCGAAGCUACUUUAUCUCGACGACGGAGCAACGUGGACGCUACCUGGGUCCUUCGGACUUGGGAUCUCAUCCUCACUUGGGUAUUCCUGCGGUAAAGAUGGCUACGCACUCAGUAUGCUCCGUCUGGAUAGCUAAGUCAUCUUCUAUCCUGAAGACAACCGGCGGCUUGAUUGCUAUGAUGUCUGGUUCGUCAUCUGGUGUUAUUUCGGCGUAUGCGCUGGGUCCCCAUCCAACAUAUGAGCGACGAUACGAACGAGGACAGGUCACCGCAAAAUGGGUUCUCUGUCCUGGUGUUCCUAUUAUUGGAAUUGCUGUGGACGACAAUUAUUCACCCAAGCGUCAUUCUCAACGACGAGCUUGGGCUGUUGCCCUCAAUGCCCUCGGUGAAGUUUUCUAUCUCACGGAUCUCCCGAGCCAACCCGAGGUUCCCUUGACGGUGAAGCUGAGUCCCGAGCAGAUGGAUGAACUUGCUUGGAAGACUGGAAGAACUGCACGGUGGGAGAUCAUUGAAUUGAGUCGACGUGCAGCACGCCCAGAUCCCUUCAGCCGAGAUCCGGUCGAUGGCAGUUACAGCCCACGAUCCUCCUCUGACUCGAUGAAACUUAAGGCAGAGCAAAUUGCGGCGGAGACGAAGGAAAUUGAGAAGUUUUUUUCGUACAAACCGAAGCACUUCCGCAAGGUCUGCGAAGGCUGGAACAUGCGAUGUGAUCUCCACGUUGAUUUCGCAGGUGAUGAUGCGCAUGGUUCUGGUGAAUCAGUCCUUGUCAUUGCCCGCGGAGGAGGCGAGCCCGAGAAAGCAUCGAUCCGACGAUUUGUUCGCUCUGCGGCCAAGUCCGACUUGAACUCAAUACCGUCGCUUUCCCACUUACAAGCCGAACAACUCCCUACCUCACUUUUUGGAGGACCUACCUAUUUGCCGAGCCUAGCUGCCAAUGAUACUCCGCCGUCGCGUUCGUCAGCUCGGUCAAGUGAGUCCAUCUCUGACGUGAACACCUUGUGGCGGAUCUCCGAUUUCACGUUUGGGGAUGUCAAGUCCGCGGAAGUCACGACCAGUGCACUGGACAAUUCUUCAUUUGCUAUCCUCACGGCGGCGGAGGAUCCUCUUUUAGGGAUGUCUGGAAGUUCCUUGUCAUCUUCUACUGCCUCCUCGCCAAUGCUCCCGCACAUGGACAAGCCUCGAUCGGAUCUUGAAGUUCCCGGGCAACGAGCUCGAUACCUUGCAGUAGGAACAAACGCCGGCACAGUCUUUGUCUGGGACAUUCGAGCACUUGCCGCCAAGAAUGUGGAUGUGAUCAAUUCCAUUCCUCCGCUGCAUAUCAUCCAAACCGAAUCGCCCCAGGUUUCCUCUGUGGCAUUGACAUCGUUGUACCUGGUGCAUGGUGGUAAUGAUGGCUUGGUGCAAGCCUGGGAUCCAUUGGCGUCCUCAACCCGCCCCAUCAGGACUAUCAAUUCUCGAUUCUCGUCUCGUGCUCGUCGCCGACUCGUACAGGCAGAAGCAUCCAUGCUUGGGGUUGGAAAUAACUUUUUCGCCACUGGAGCUAUCUGCCUGGACCCAGAUCCAACAAAUCUUCGUGGAAUGGUUUCUCUUGGCACGCAUCUGCGUUAUUGGUCGUACAGCUCAUCUGCUGCCGAACAAUACAAGAGUAGCAAGCGACGCCUUCGCCGCUCAAUGCGCGGUGAUAACGGGGCCGGUGAUGGACAGCGUUUCAACAACAGUGGACGAGGCGCUAUCAAUGACUUCAUUCAGGAUGAACGCGUCGAAAUCGAACGACAAAGGAUUGCGGACGAGAAGGAGAGAUUCCACUUGAGCCAAAGGUUCGGCAUAGAUCUCCUUGGUCCAGAUAUCGAUGAGGAGCAGCUGCUCCAGUAUGCCCAACUCUUGAGUCAGGAAGCAUAUGCUGGGGACGCGAUCAAGCAGGGUGACUUGACAGUGGCCGCAAGCUCCGUUGCCAGCUCUUUCCCGGACACUACUGGCCCGAGUUCAUUCGGGGCGGCGGAAGUGUCAUCCUCGUCCUCUCCCUACCACGGUGCUGCAGAUCACCAAGUGGAUGAUGAUCUUGCUGAAGCCAUUCGCCUAAGUCUUCUCGACGAGGGGUCUGCCUCUCCACCGGUCGACCUCACGCCGUCCAUCCCGAUCAAGUAUGCCAAGGGGAUGCGACGACGUACCCCAUCCUCUCCAGGGAAGGGCAAUGCCGAGGGUAGCCAGCAGAAGGAAAUGACCGAUUUGGAUUUUGCCAUUCAGCUCAGCUUGGCCGAAGAUCAAAGCCGGGCGACUGACGAAGAAUGGGAAGAAUUUCCGGCUCUUGAAUCGGGGGCAUUCUCCUCUUCUCAGUCCUCCAGCAAGGGCAAAGGAAAGGCUCGGGCGUUGUAG